UGGCGGCGACGAUGGCUAGCUUUGCGGAGCUCGGGCUGUCUUCGUGGCUCAUGGAACAAUGUCGGCAGCUGGGUUUGAAGCAGCCUACGCCCGUCCAGCUCGGCUGCAUUCCUGCCAUCUUGGAGGGUCGGGACUGCCUGGGCUGUGCCAAAACCGGCAGUGGCAAGACAGCAGCGUUUGUCCUGCCCAUCCUGCAGAAGCUGUCUGAGGAUCCCUACGGCAUCUUUUGCCUGGUCCUGACGCCCACCAGGGAGCUGGCCUACCAGAUCGCUGAGCAGUUCCGGGUCCUGGGCAAGCCUCUGGGCUUGAAAGACUGUAUCAUUGUCGGCGGCAUGGACAUGGUGGCUCAGGCGCUGGAGCUCUCUCGGAAGCCACAUGUGGUCAUUGCCACACCGGGACGCCUGGCCGACCACCUGCGCAGCUCCAACACCUUCAGCAUCAAGAAGAUCCGCUUCCUGGUGCUGGAUGAGGCGGACCGGCUGCUGGAACAAGGCUGCACGGACUUCACCGCAGACCUGGAGGCCAUCCUGGGGGCGGUGCCGGCGCGCAGGCAGACCCUGCUGUUCAGCGCCACGCUGACGGACACACUACGCGAGUUGCAGGGCCUUGCCACCAACCAGCCCUUCUUUUGGGAGGCCCAGGCUCCGGUUCGCACAGUGGAGCAGCUGGACCAGCGCUAUCUGCUGGUCCCCGAGAAGGUGAAGGACGCCUACCUGGUGCACCUGAUCCAGGGCUUCCAGGAUGAGCAUGAGGACUGGUCCAUCAUCAUCUUCACCAAUACCUGCAAGACCUGCCAGAUCCUGUGCAUGAUGCUGCGCAAGUUCAACUUCCCCACGGUGGCGCUGCACUCGAUGAUGAAACAGAAAGAACGCUUUGCUGCUCUAGCCAAGUUCAAGUCCAGUAUCUACCGGAUCCUGAUCGCAACGGACGUGGCAUCUCGGGGCCUGGACAUCCCCACCGUGCAGGUGGUCAUCAACCACAACACCCCGGGGUUGCCCAAGAUCUACAUCCAUCGAGUGGGCCGCACAGCCCGGGCAGGGCGGCAGGGCAUGGCCAUCACACUGGUGACCCAGUACGACAUCCAUCUGGUCCACGCCAUCGAGGAGCAGAUCAAGAAGAAGUUGGACGAGUUCUCAGUGGAGGAGGCAGAGGUGCUGCAGAUCCUCACGCAGGUCAACGUGGUGCGGCGGGAAUGUGAGAUUAAAUUGGAGGCGACCAACUUUGACGAGAAAAAGGAAAUCAACAAGCGGAAACAGCUGAUCCUGGAGGGGAAGGACCCUGACCUGGAGGCCAAGCGUAAGGCCGAGCUGGCCAAGAUCAAACAGAAGAACAGGCGCUUCAAGGAGAAGGUGGAGCAGACACUGCACCGGCAGAAGGCUGGCCGGGGGCCAAAGGGGCGCCCUUCCAGGGCCCAGCCAGGGUCACACACUGCCUCGAAUACCCAGGGCCAGGCCUGAGGCCACCGAGGCUCCUGCCCACUCAGGGCCCACUGGGACUCUAUCCUUGAGCCAAGGGUCUGAGGGGCUUGUUGAGGCACCCAGACCUGUUUCCUCUGGGCACAGCUGUCCCCCAAGUCUGCCUGGAAGCCCAUGCCUCUGUCCCUCAGCCCCUGACUAAGCCACAGCUCUGAGAUCGGAGCCAGCUCCACACAUCAUAGCCCUUUGGCCUUGGAUUCUCCCUGUCUCGGGGGAUCAUGGGAGAGUUCACCUCAUUUCAAUGGGGAGGGCACUCGUGAGCCUCCAGUGUAACAUGUCACAUGGAGGUGCUCAAUAAAUGUGCCUUUUGCCAUCUUG